GAUCAAGGUAUUGCAUGUGUCCCUUGCAGUGGAUGAAGCCGAUAGAGAACGGAAACGAGAAUACCCACCGAAAUCGUCAAAGUAGAAGCAUAAAACAUGUCAACCAACUCCAAGGCGAUUCCUCUUCCAAGCAGACGGGCUGAACCCGGCACGCCUAUCCCCUUGGACUAUGGCACCACCCCCGGUGGUACCAUCUAUUCGAGCACUCCUGGAGGAACUCGAAUCAUUUAUGAUCGCAACACCUUGUUGAACCUUCGUAACUCGCCUUUGUCGCGCACCCCUCCUGCAAAGCUCGCAUUUGUCGCUGGUGUAACUGGUGGGAGCCUGCCUCACCAGGCUGGAAGCCACCACAGCCGCUCGCACCUCAAUGUUGAGACUCACGAUUCUGAUUCUGAUUCUGACAACGAUUCGGAUGAAGAGAAGCGCAAGGCUAUUGCAAAGGCGCAAGAGGAGGAGGAUGCCAAAGCUCACGCUACCGCUUCCAAGGAAAUUAAGGAUGGGCAGCUUUUUGAUAUGGAUAUGGAGUAGACGAGGAGUACGUUUUUUUCACAGAUUGAAAAAGAAAAGCAUUAAAAACAAAGAUAUGAUUUGUUUUAA